AUGGAGAAUCAUGACCAGCCCUACGAUGACUGUAGCCAGCAGCAUGAAGUGAACGAUGCUUCGUUCGAUCCCAUCGAAGGAAAUCAUGCCUUCUUCCAAGAAGUCGAUUAUUGGAGCGGCUUGGGAAGUUUCGAUCUCUCCGCACAGCCCGAUUUCCCCAAGUGGCUAGAGGAAGAAAUGGCACGAGACGUCGCCUUUGACAAUGUGCAGUUCGCCGAGCCGCCGAUCACUUUUGAUGCUCCGAAUCAGAAUCUGCAUCAAGAGAAUUUCGCCCCGGAAGAAGUUCAUUUCGCCAUAGACGAUCCCGCCUGGUGGGACUCUGACAACGCCUCCACAACAACCUGCCAAGAUGGUGAAGGUCCGCCAGCUUUGGAUGCCCACCUCGCCAACGAAAUUCUGCCCCAGCAGUUUGCUUGCUCCUGGACAUACACUAACACAGCAAUUGAAUGUCCUGAGGCGCAUCAACUAUCCAUUAUGAAUGAUUGGUGUUUAGCCCAAGGACAACAGAUUCUACCAGAACAUGAAGCCACAAUGACGAAUGCGGAUGCACUUCCUUCUUACCACCAGGACAGCCAGCCCGGUCAAUGCUUCAGCCCAUCGACCGUCGGGGAUAAAUCAAUGGAUUUCCCUUCUGAGGCAUCUCCCUGCGGACGCAAGCGCAAAGCGUCUUUUGAUCUCUCCGAGGUGCCGCAAGCCAUCAGUCGGUCGAAAAAGCCCAAGAUCUACCAUCGUAACGAAGGCCCUGAAUCCGAGGCACUGAUCAAGCACAUCAACGCGGGCGUUGUGCCCGCCCCUUGCCCCGUCACGUUUGAAUCUCCGUCCGACUUUAAAGCCAACCUGACCUGUCUGAAGGAGAUGUACCGGAAGCGCACGCAGGAAUGUAGCUUCCCCUGCGGUAGAGUCCAUGACGUCCUCGACGUCGACAAGACUUUUCCCCAGUCGGAAGAGGACUACAUCCGCUACGUGGGCCUCGUAAAAAACGCCAUCCUUGACUGGACGCGCUAUAUCGAGUGGAUGCAGUGCGUGCCCCGCGAGGCCAAGCAGAAACGCAGCGCCGAGCUCGUGGCCAAGAUCGAAGCGCACGAGGAUCUCAAGAAGGACCCCAACUCCGAUAUCCAGCCGACCUCCAACGCCCUCGAGAUCCCGGAUCUCAUAUCCCCCAACGAAAUUGUCUUGCCGUGUCUAGAAAAGCAGCACAAACAUCUCCUCGGACGUGGCUGCAACGCGCUCACAGCCGAGUGUCUGUCGUGGCAGCUCGUGCAGGCCGCCAUGGAGAGCCAGCAGGGCCGCGCGGGCUGUGUGCACUGGACAACGAACGAUGGCGCCUAG